GGAACAGACUUCCCGCUCCGGCAUCCGCCCCUGCGUGUAUUUAGGAACUACGAAGCACAGGCACAAAACAGGUGCACAUUCAGCCACGGUGGAUUGAAAGGGUGACAAGUUAGGCUACUACUGUCAGUCAGUAAAGUUCGCAAGAGUUUUUAAUAUUUUUUAUUUUUGUAGCUAAUAUGGACUGGAAGUUGAAUAGAUAUUCUCGUUUUAAAGUGAAAUCCGAGGACACGAUGCUUUGGGAGAACAUCACGAGGAGACUCCUGGUGGAUUUCAGGACGAAGAGGAGACAUUCCUCCGUUCCUACAACACAAGAGACAAGCACCGAGGCGCCUCAUCUCUCAUCAUCGUACAAGCGCUUCAAGAGUCGGAUGAUGAGCCGGCGGCUGAGCGCAGAGCCUUUAGCCAGUAGCCCCCUGGUCGGCAGGGGGCGCCACUCUCCCAGCCGGGAGUUCCACACGGUCUGUCAGAGACUGUCUCUGGAUUCACCGUCAGGGGGCGCAGCGAGAACAAAACGGACACAACAGCAGAGCACAGAGACAAGCCUUCAAGACACAGUGACGGAGGCUGGAGUGUCACACUGUAAUGUCGUCAGAUCAAUCUCACCAUCAACCACUUACAGGAGGAAUGUGCCUAAACAGGUCUAUUCACACACGCAUGUUUUUGGGUUCUUCUAUCGUUGUGGUGACCUUCAUUUGAUUUCCAUUCAAAAUGUUAUUUUCCCUUACCUUAACGUUAACCUUGGAACCCAAACCUUAAACCCAACUCCUAACCAUAAACCUAACUCCUGGAUUGGGUGUGGUCUGCUUCUGGAGAACAGGACAGAGGCACAGAGAAGGCAGCCAUUCUCAGUCCUGUAUAUGGCUCCCUCUGCUCCAGACCAGUCUCCUGACCAGUCUCCAGACCUGUCUAGACCACAUCUGACUCUGGCACUGCCCUCUCUGCAGGAUGACUACUACAGCCACCCGUUAGACUGGAGUAACAGUGGUAUUGUGGCCAUAGCCCUGGGGUCUGAUGUGUUCCUGUGGAAGGCAGACACACACACUCUGCAGGGCUGCAUCCAGCCCAGAGCAGCACCUUCUCUCCCACUGAGCCUGUCUCACUCUGUCUCCUCUGUGUCCUGGAGCAGAGAUGGAUGUACACUGGGCAUCGGGACCAAGGAGGGGGACGUACAGCUGUGGGAUGUGGAGAAGAGGACCAGACUGAGAACUAUAAGGUCACACCUCUCUGGAGUGGGGGCGCUUAGCUGGAACCAACACGUACUCAGCAGCGGUUCUGUUCUCGGGCUAAUCCAUCACCAUGACUACCGACUAGACACCCCGACAGUGGGUGUGUUCCGACAACAAGGGGGCGUGUGCGGGCUGGAGUGGGCGCCGCAAGGAGAUUGGCUGGCCAGUGGCUCAAUAGACGGCCUCCUCAACAUCUGGACCAAUGACCUGGGGUCUAAGACGAAGACACACCCACCUGCCAGGACAAUGACACAACCCAGUGCGGUGAAGGUGUGUUCCAUGGUCUGGUCAGAGGAGAGGAAGGCUCUGUUCACUGGCCAUGGUCUUCCUCAUCACCACAUUACCUGCUGGAGCCCCUCCCCCUCACUAGAACAGGCCUAUCAGCUACAUGGUCACAUGGGUCGUGUUUUGCACCUGGCCCUCAGUCCCAGUGGAACCAAGCUCCUCUCAGCUGGAGCAAACUGUCUGGGCCAUGUCUGGAACACCUAGAACACAGAACACCUCGACCACAGCACACCUAGAACACAGCACACCUAGAACACAGCACACCUAGAACACAGCACACCUAGAACACAAAGAAUACUGAACACAUAGAACACAUUAUACCUAGAACACAUAGAACAACUAGGACACAGAACACCUAGAACACAGCACACCUAGAACACAGCACACCCUAGAACACAGCACACCCUUAGAACACAGAACACCUAGACCACAGCACACCUAGACCACAGCACACCUAGAACACUGCACACCUAGAACACAAAAAAUACUGAACACAUAGAACACAUUAUACCUAGAACACAUAGAACACCUAGACCACAGCACACCUAGAACACAGCAUACCCU